AUGUUAUGGUUUCUGGUAUGUGGCGUGGUUUUCACGGAAGCCAAGCGAUUAUCUGACAAAGAAUUCAAGGAGAAGCCGAGGAGUCAACCAGUCAAACUGGGGGAUGAUGUCACUUUUAGAUGUUCUGCCGACAAUGCCGUUUCAACAUACAGUCAGUGGCGGCACAGCAGUGGAGUUCUGCUGGGAUCCAAUCUGAAUAUCAAUGGAUUUCAAAAUCGGUUGUCGUACAUACAGGAGAAUGGCUCAGAGCUCCAUCUUCAUAUAAAAAACGUCACAUUGGAAGAUGAUGGAACCUUUGAAUGUCAAAUGGUUACAACAGAUUCCAAGCCUAUUCGUGCAAAAGCAACCUUAACUGUUUUGGGUAAUUUUUAUAACUUAAAUUUUCCUUCUUCAUAUAUGCUUUUAUUUUUUAGUCGCACCACAGAAGGUAUACUUCGAACAUUACGAUGCCAAUUCUCGGAUCGAUGUAAAUGAAGGAUCCGCGCUGAAUGUAACUUGUGUCUCUCGAAAUGCCAAGCCAGCUGGUGUUAUUAGAUGGUUCGUUAAUGGAAAACAAGUGGAGGAAUCUGUCCAACGGUGGUCUGAGUACAAUAGCAACAACACCGAGUCUUCCUUUGCCGCCUUGUCAUGGAAGCCGAGCAGAAAUGACCACGAGAAGUUGUUAACUUGUGAGAUAAAACACGAAAAGACUGGGUUUGAUGAACGUAUAAGUCUUACCAUGGAUGUCAGAUGUAAGCAAUGAAAUGUCUUCUUUCUAUAUUCUUGACAGCCAUCAUCUAUCUAUUUUUACAGAUUCUUCUGAGCGUCCGGUGAUUGAAGUGGUCAGGGAAGGCGAACGAACUAAAGCUGGACACAAUGUCACUCUCGUCUGUGUUGCAGAAGGUGGAAAUCCUGUACCGAGGCUUACGUGGAAACUAAAUGAUCGUCCAAUAAAGGCGGCUUUUGAAUAUGAUAUUCCACACAAGGUAAUUUACUUCCUAAUAUUUUUAAGGGUCUUAUUUUUGGCUUUAAUUAUCGAAAAACUUUAGUUAACCCGUAAUGUGUUGUCCCUUGCCGCCGAGCCUUCUGAUAACGGCGCUGUUUACGUUUGUUCAUCAGAAAAUAGAGAAGACAUCCCUCCACUGAAAUCUUCGGUUGUUUUGGAAGUCGAUUGUAAGUUUUUACGUUUUUUAAAAGUAUUAAAAUAUACAAAAGUUUAAUUUCUUGUUCAGAUCCGCCAUCUUCCGUGUCUUUUGUAAACGUUUCGACAUCCGUUAAAUACGGUGAAUCGAUUACAAUUACCUGUCGAUCCGAGCCGUCUCAUCCCCCGGCCACAAUUCACUGGGUCAUGGAUGGACAGCCUUUUGGGUCGUCGCCAGCCAAGCAAUUCAAGGAACGAUAUGGAACGGUGUCCGAAUCUUCGCUGACAAUCGACACAAAGAGUCUUCUCAUUGACAAACAGCAACUUACUAUCGAUUGCACUGCAAUUAAUUCCGAGGGAUCAGCUACAAAACAACAUACAGUAAGGGUCUACUCUCCUCCCAUGCCUCCGGUCAUCAAGACUUCUUCCUCGGGCCCUUAUUUGGAAGGAGAAAGUUUGAAUUUGACUUGUGAAUCUGAAGGUGGAAAUCCCUUGGCAACCCUGACUUGGUACCGGCCGAAAGUAAGUUUAGUUUGGUCACUACUAACCUAAUUAAAGAAACAUAAAUCAGCGGGUCACAGAAAUAAGAUAAGAUGGAAGCAGGUAUAGUAUAUGUAGUAUUAGUGGUUUGUCGCUAUGAGAUGGUUGUAUUUUUUUUUUUAUUCUACUGUAAUGGCGAAUUAUAGAUCGAAAAAGCACAAACUCAAAUUGAUGGAAAUAAAAGUCGAAGUCUUCUCCAGCUUCGGAUUGACCGUUCCAUGAAUAAUUUACCCAUUAAAUGUCAAAGUGAGAACCCUGCCUUAGAACAUCCCUUAAAUGACACGGUAACCCUUACCGUAUAUUGUAAGUUUUUUAUGCAGUGAGUAGUAUUUUUGUAGUCCCACCAAGUCGAAUGGCUAUUGUAAAAUACGCGGGCGAUGGUAAUGAAGACAGAGGCGAGAUCAUUGCGGGAAAGGACACAAGACUUAAAUGUCUGAUUCCAUCAUCUAAUCCACCAGCUGAGAUCAAUUGGGAAAUCGAAAUGGGAGAUGAUAAACCCCUUCAACUCACUGGGGAGAGUAUUUUCAACGAACAAACCGAGGAAAAUUACGGGUUUAAGGUAGAGAAUGUAGUCACCUUUACACCUAUGAUGGAGAUGAAUGGUCGUGUUGCCAGAUGUAUUGCUUCAAGUCCUGUUUGGAAUUCAACUGUCAAAGCCGAAUUUAACAUGGACGUCUACUGUGAGUUCUUUGAUAUUUUAUUAUAUUUUUCCCUUUAAGAUCCUCCAAAGCUUGAAGUUGAAUCCCCUCUGACCAUCACUGUAACUGAAGGUGACACUUUCAAAGAGGAGAUCGCCAUCUCGGCCAAUCCCCCCGUUCACAAUUAUUACUGGAAGAAAAAUGGAGUUCCUUUCACAGAUACCGUCGGAAAUGUUUAUAUACGGGGUAAUAUUAUUGGAGGAAGGAAUAUAAAGAAGGAAGACAGUGGAACAUAUGUCCUAAUUGCAUCCAACAAACGAGGAGAUGUCAUGCUGACGAUUAGGUAAUGCCUUACAAUUUUUAAUUUUUUCUGUGAUGUUUUACUGCUCUUUGCGCACGAUUUUCAGUGUCAGCAAUGAAACUUUUUGCUGCUGCAAAUAAAAAAUUCUUACUGUCAGCAAAUGAAAUAAUUAGGAGGAAUCCAAUUGGUGUCAUGCGUUAUGUAUAUUCAUAAUAGAGUUGUAAACACCGUAUAAAGGAAUUAGUUUUAAAAAUUUCACCACGUUCGGCAGAAAAUAUUUUUUUCAGAAAGCGACCAAAGGAUGGUUGAAUUCCCGAUUGUCUAACUUCUGCUGCCUAUUUUUGUAUUUUCCGAAAAGCUUGGGUAAAAUCCUUUUAUGGUCUCAGAGAACAAGCCUCUUUGUUUCGCUUAGACCGCUUGACAUGUCUCUGUAACAGUUCUAAAAAAAUUAGGAGCAGAAACUUGGGAAAUUUUUCCGCGGGAAGACUCACUUGCUGACAAUGAGAAGUGUUUUUGCGGACGAUAAAGCAAUUCCUUAAUGUUUUUGUUUUAGAUUAGAAGUAAAGUACGGAGCGAAGAUCACUUAUAUUACGACCCCUAUAUAUGCUGAUGAAAAGGACUCUGUGGUGCUUGAAUGUGAAGCCGACGCUUUCCCUAUUUUUCCCAAAAUGGUAAAAUGGACAAAAGCGGGUCAAGAAGUGGGAGAAAGCCAAGAUCGUCGAGCAGUUCUCAAAGUAACAGCGUCACAGUACAACAGCGGUGCUUAUGUCUGCAUUGCGGAUAACGGUGUUGGACAACCGAAUGAAUCUACCGCUUAUCUGUUGCUGAAGAGUGCACCGGUCCUGGCAAAAGGAAAAGGUAAAGACCGUGCGGCUGGGCCGAUCCACGGCAAGGCAAAAGCCAGGUGUUUGGCUCAAGCUAUCCCCGAUGUUCAGUUCGUAUGGUCAACUGAAGAUGGUCACCCAAUAAUAAACGGUUCGAAGUAUAUUAUUCAUGAAAGACCGGUCGACCAAACGACCUUCGAAAGUGUGCUCACGAUCACCAAUUUGACUCAGAGAGAUUACAGUAAACGGUUGAGAUGUCUUGCGUCCAAUCGGAAAGGAAGUGACUUCAAUCAUAUAACGAUCGGCGAUCUCACCAAACCGGACACCCCCGAGCGUUUGACUGUUUAUGAAAGUGGAACAAACACUGCCAUUUUGACGUGGCUUGCUGGAUUUGAUGGUGGAAGUGAGCAGUUCUUUCAGGUUCGGUAUGGAAGCAAGGGAGAUUCAUCUUCUUCUAAUGGAAACACCUCUGAAACUGUAGGUUGGCCAAUUUUAUCUUGUGGGAACGUAACAUUGUCUUCUUUCAGCGCUUUAACUUGAGUGGAUUAGAACCUUCUCGGAUAUACUUUGCCCAAGUUCGUGCGAUAAACGAACGAGGAUGGGUUUCGGACUGGUCCGAUUGGAUCCAGGUCCGAACUCUUAAUGCCAAUGGAACUGCCCAUCUUGAAGAAACUGAUGAUAACAUGUUUGCCAACAACUGGAUCUUAUUCUUUUUGAUCAUUAUGGGCGGAUUACUACUCGUUAAUUGCGGGGUGUUCGCCUAUAUUUAUAUUCAACAUCGCCGUCGACUUCAAGCGGAGAAGACUCAGUUCGUUAGGCAAUCGAAUUAUGGAAACGAAAGACGGCCUCUGCAAUUAUAUGGUACAAUAGGAGCUGGUGGCGGGCUCAGUCCAGCUACCCUGAUUAGAAGGCCCGAGUCCAACAAUACUAAUAAAUCCGACCUCUUAAAUGAACCCAUCAGUGAGGAUGAGCAGUCGGUUCGGACAAUGAUUGUAAGUUGCCACAUAUAUGGUGAAGCUUGUCCCUUUUAAGCAAGUUAGUCCGAAUGGUAUAAUUCAAAGACAAAAUCUACCAGUAAACCGGUUUUACGACGGAAAUUUCGUAAUCGAUGAGGAAAACGAUCGUAAGUAAAUUCUCAUAGUACUGACCGCAUCGUUUUUAGCUAGUUGUUACUCGGUGAUUAACAAGAACGGGACCUUGAGGUCCAACUAUGCACACUUCAGAGGACCGGAGCCAUAUCCAUUAAAUGGAAAUGGAUCUCCAUCCCUUACUUAUGCUGAUGCUGGUGGUGGAUCCCUGAAGAGAACCGGUUUCGAAUCGCCGAGAAGAUUCGGCUCGGUUAGCGGAGGUAUAAAUGAAGAUCCGAGAUACUCAGCAACGGGAACGCUCUCACAUCGAACACAUCAGCCAUCGUUUACUACAUUCGGAACCAACCCUAGGAUAGUUGGCAACCCUGAUGGAGAUUUGGUCUAA